AUGGAAAACAUCGACGAAAAAAAUGACAGGCUCGUUGAACACCUUCACGACUGCACGAAGAAUGCUGAGGGUUUUAAAGCCAUCAAGAAACGCCUGUCUCUUGAAACUCUCGAGCUGAUACUCCAACGUGGAGCAGCACGAGCCGCAGGGAACCAAGAACUCGCGUCCGACCUCGCAAGGCUCUGCAGAAAGGCGACAAAUCAAGACCUUAAAAAGAAAGGAGCAGAGGUGAAGGCGAAAAAAACAUCCGCUAUGUCCGUCGAGAUUUCGCCAGUCGUAAGACUAGGAAGACGGCUCUCCGGAACAUGA